AUGACCGAAAAUAAUAGGAAGCGCUGUCAAAAUUUCGCGUUUGAUGAAAAGGAUAACCUGAUAAAGUUAAGGGAUACUUUUAAAAAUGUAAUACUAAAUAAAAAGUCUGAUGGCAUAAUAAACCAAGCGACGAAUGAAGCGUGGGUGAAUUUGUGCACUAGAUUAAAUUCCACAGGAACUACGGCUAGAAGUAAAGAAUCUCUUUUAAGAGUCUGGGAGAAAAUGAAGACUGAUGCAAAAUUAUACAAAGCACUCAGCAAAAGUAGUCACAAUGCCACAGGGAUGGCUCAUCAUACGUUAAGACAGAUCCUAUUCUUUAAUGACUUGAUGGGCCGAGCAUGUGCAGGCAUAACUGGUGUCCAGGAUUUAGAUGCUGAUUAA